ACCUGAAGGAGAUCGCAAUGCUGAUUGGCCUUCCUCAACAAUCUGUCUAACGCAAGAUGCUGCCAUGGUCGUAUCGGUACCGCUGAGUCACUCCAGGCUUAUAAAUAGUGGCCUUCGAAAAUGGACUUGGAGAUCAUCUUGUCACCAGGGCCCGCAUGGGCACCAGGCUCGCAACGCCUUCCCUGGUUCAGACCUCCCUCGCACAACCCCUUCCCUUGCGCACUCCUCCCUCCCGCUUCUGCGUCUCACGCGCUGAUCCUCACUACAUCUUUCUCGCUCGGCAUUCUAUCCCACUGCGCGCCGGCUACGCUCUUCUCGACGCCCCUCUCCAACUCGGCGCAAGCCUUUGAAAGGCCCUUCCCGACCACAUGCCGCGUGCACACCGUCUAGAACCAAAGCGAAAAUGGCUUCACCGCGAUUCGAUCCCAAAACCUUCCAGACCUGGAGGGACUCUGAGCGUGAACAGGUCAUCCUCGUCGGGAG